AUGAAAAUAAAAAACUGCCGGCGUGACCCACUCGAGGAGGUGAACGCUCAUGGCGAGUACAUCAAGAAGAUCUGGAAGUUCACGCGGUCGUUCUGCAAGCACGAAGGGUUCCUACCGUGCGACGCCUACGCCAUCGUCAUCCUCCUGCACCCGGAGUACAUCAAGACUGCGCCUGCAUUGAAGGGCCGCAUCCACUUGGCCCCUGACGAGAAGCGCGGUGCCUGCAUCUGGGACAACGAUUCCCCGCCCGAGAAAGCCAAUGUGACUUUCGUAACCGAGAUUGACACUCGCGUCUUCGUGGACUUGCUACACCAACUAGCGGCCUGA